AUGCUUGCCCGUCGUUUGUUCUCCACUACCAGAGCACGGCUCGACACGCUUGUGUUUGUCGAGGCCGCCGGCGCCAAGAUCACCCCGCUGUCGCUUUCGGCAAUCACCGGCGCCCAGCAGAUCGGCAAGCCGGUGACGGCGUUGGUCGCGGGCCCCGAAGGCCAGGCCGUCGCCGAUACCGUGGCCAAGAUCCCCGGGAUCACUAAAGUGUUGGUGUCCCCCUCCGAGCAAUACAACCACUAUUUGGCUGAAGAAGUGGCUCCGUUGGUGCAGCUGGUGGUGGCCAAAGAUGGCUUUACCCAUGUGGUGACUCCCGCCAGCGCUGUGGGCAAGCUGUGGCUCCCCCGGUUAGCGGCGUUGCUUGACGUCCAACCGGUAUCGGACGUGAUCAAAGUGGAGCUGGAAGACACGUUCGUUCGCCCCAUUUACGCCGGUAACGCCCUUGCCACCGUCAAGACGCUGGACUCGCCGGUAUUGGCGUCGAUCAGAGGCCUGGCGUUUGAACCCGCGGCCACUGAAGGUGGCUCAGCGGCUGUGGAAACUGUGGACGCGGCUGAACUGCAAAACCGUACUGAAUUCGUUUCAGAGGAUCUCGUUAAGCUGGAGCGUCCCGAAUUAGGCUCUGCUACUAGAGUGGUUGCUGGUGGUAGAGGUCUCAAAUCAAAGGAAACCUUCGACCAGUUGAUGGAGCCGCUUGCCACUAAGCUUGGCGCCGCCAUCGGCGCCCUGAGAGCCGCCGUCGACCUGGGCUUCUGCGACAACUCGUUGCAAGUGGGGCAAACGGGGAAGAUCGUUGCUCCCGAAUUGUACGUCGCCGUCGGUGUUUCCGGCGCCAUCCAGCACUUGGCGGGGAUGAAGGACGCCAAGACGAUCGUCGCCAUCAACAAGGACGCCGACGCGCCCAUCUUCGGGGUGGCCGACUACGGGUUGGUGGCCGACUUGAACGAGGCCAUCCCCGAGUUGACGGAAAAAUUGUAA